AUAAACAAAUCGAUGAAUUUAUUCGCCAAAAAACAUUGUGAUUAUCUGAAGAAAAGUGUCUUGAUUCUUUAUUAAAAACAAUCAAGUACACAAUGCUGCAAUAUUGUUAUCUUUGCAAUAAAGAAGGUAACAAUUGGCCAAAAAAUUUAUGUGAAAUCAAAUCAAAACACUCCAACACCCCAGUCAGUGUGUUCAUUGAAAAGUUUCUGAAGGAUUUUGUGUCACAGCGUAACAUAAAUGACGAAUCAAAUUGCUUGUGUUCGGACUGCUUGUCCGAGGUUUAUUCAUACGAUUGGAUGACUUUAAAGCUGAAGGAGCAAGAAACAAAAUUACGUGCUUUACUGCUCAAGUCUGAAACGGAUUUUGUUGCAAAUUUUCACAUUAAAACAGAAGACGAAGGCAGUGUCAAUGGAUUAAAGAAUGAGAAGAAACCAGAACUACCCAAUGUUGUCGCGGACAAUGCGAAGAAAAGCAAACCGAUCAUCAUUCGAGUGGUGAAACGUGUGCCAUUUUUGAAAUCAAAACCACCAACAUCGGGAACAGUGCAUAGCAUUACACCUGUGGCUACGAUUACAUCAGGAAUCACACAAUCAAUUCAAAAACCCAUACAAACACCCGGUCCACAAAAGAAAAUAAAAAUAAUCAAGAUUAAACCACAAGUGUGCAAAUAUUGCGAUGCAAAAUUUAAGCAUUAUGUAUCAUUGGAGACCCAUAUGAAACUACACACAAAAUCAUCAGGAUUAAUCACAUGUCACAUAUGCUCCUAUCAAAUGAGCAUUGGCGAAGAGGAGGCAUUCAAAAACCAUGCAAAGAAACAUGAUAAAGCCACACCGAAGAAAUGUGUCAUUUGCGACGAAGGUGGUGCUGACAAUUUUGACUUGAAGUAUCACGUCCAGAGGCAUCAUUCUUCUGCCAACUUAUUAUGUGAUGUAUGUGGCAAGACGUUUGUAUUUAUAUCAGCUUUGCGUAAGCACCAUCAGGUUCACAUCGAAGACCGAAACGAGAUAUGUCCAUUCUGCGAUAAGGCAUUCAAACAAAAGCAAGCAUUCAACAGACAUAUGAGAACUCAUACUGAAAUGGAGGCGAUCUAUUCAUGUGCAUUCUGCGAUAAAAAGUUCAAACGACAGGAUAAUUGCCGAACACACGAGAAACGCCAUCGAAACGAUACAAAGAAAUUCAAAUGUACAUUUUGCUCAUCGGCUUUCGAAUUCAAACACGAUUUCAACUUACAUUUACAACGGAAACACAAUGCUGAAAUACCACAUGAGAAAAAUCGCAAAUAAAUUUCCAUCAACAUUAAAGUAGGAGUGUGUAAAAUAAUUAUGUGUGUAGAAAUGUAGACGAAAUGUGUAGAAAAUCUUCAAUUAAAUAGAAGGGAAGAGAUAUUAAAUAGACGAAAAUUGAAAUUGAAGAAUAGAUUAGGACAAAAGUGCAGUAAAUUCCUUUAAAAAAGAAUAAGAAUGGAAAAAGUGGAAAAUUUCUUCAAAGAUCUUCAUUAAUUUAAUUACAAAAAAUUGGUACUGAACAAAAAUUCUGUGUUACAAAUGAGUUCAAAAGUAAAAUAGAGCCAUUUUGUCAU